ACUUAACGUAAUGUUCGAGGUUCUCUCGGGUGACACUACGGAGCUUCAUUCGGAGUCCUUUAAUAGUGGCUCUUUAUCGCUCUGAGGAAGGUCCCUGGACCCGUGGUAGAAAGUACCGUAGCGUAAAUGCUAUUAGCCUCGCGCCACUAUUACGAAUAAAAGAGAGGAAGCUCCGGCUGAUCUUUCGUGAUGUAGGUGCGUGAGUGUUGGUCAAAGUUACAGCUAUGUGUAGCGGCGUUGCCUCCUUCGGAGGCGAGGAAUCGCGUGGAACUCAACAGGGCCUAUCGUACGAGGGAACUUCAUUUUUUUCUGUCGCACAUUGACAAAGAAAACAAAAUCCACUUGCAAUUGCUAAUAUAUAUUAACACCUUUUUCUCGACAAACUUGAAGAAUGCACCCGACAUCCAAUAGGAAAAUUUUUAUUUUCUGAUGACAUACAGCAGCAAAUUUGUAUCAUUUUUAGGGUUAAGGUCCGUUUAGCGUUGCAAGUGCAUCAGAGCGACAGAUAGACCAAUCAUGUUGAUUCAAUUGACGUUUCGAAGCAUUUGCAGUAUUGAACGGACUCUGCCCAUAGAUCAGCUAUUAGAAAAUUUAUUUUCGAAAGAUUAUUGAAAUAAAUUUUCUUAUUUAAUACGUUAAUUUUCUUAUUUAAUGUUUUGUGAAAUUUAUUAAAAGAAGCACAAAUAAAUUGUAUCAAUUAUCACCAGACAAAAUUUCAAUUAUCGGUUAUGACAAGAUCCAUUGAUAAAAUGUUCUUAAUGAGAAUCAUAAAAAAAUCCAGCGUAGCUGGAUGUCCAGUCAACCAACAGUGUUACAAGCUAUACUCACAUCAUACAUCAAGAAUUGCAGUACAGUCUACAAUCUCUUCAGUUGGAGGUUUGCGGUUUUGCAGUGAUAAUCCACUCAAAUGUUGGAAUUGUGACUACAUGUAUAAGUCAGAGCUGUUCUGCUCAAAAUGCAAAGUACUGCUGGAAAUGCCACAGAAUUUAAAUUAUUUUGACAUUAUGGGAAUUAAGAAAGAUUAUAAUGUGGUGAACGAGGAAAUUCAUAAAAAAUAUAGGGAGUUACAAAAAAUGCUACAUCCUGAUAAGUUUGGCAACAAAUCUGAGAAAGAAAAGCAAGUCUCAGAGAAUUUAUCAUCUCUAGUAAAUAAGGCUUAUAGUACAUUGGCACAUCCAUUAAAAAGGGGAUUAUAUAUGUUACAAUUAAAAGGUGUAUCUAUACCAGAAGAAACUACUAGCUUAAAUCCAGAAUUUCUCAUGGAGAUUAUGGAACGCAAUGAAGAGAUAGAAAGCGCAGCAGGAGACAAAGAUAAAAUUUUGAAAUUGGCUAUGAAAUCUAAAGAAGAGCUCGAUACUCUAUCAAGACAAGUGGCAGAAGCAUUUUAUAAGAAAGAUAUUGAAACAGCAACCAAAAUCUUAAUAAAAAUGAAGUAUUAUGAUAGUAUAAGUAAAAGGUUAAAGAAAUUGAAGCAUGAUUUAGGUAUAGUAGAAUAAGUAUAUCACAAGCCCAAAUAUAAAUGUUUUGUUAUAAAAUAUUUUUAAGGCACCAUAUGAGGUUGAGAAAUAAAGAUGUUUCCAUUUAAAUAUAAUAAUAACAGGAAAAUACAGGGCAAAAAUAAUGAGAGUACAAAAUGAUAAAUGAAUAUAUAGCAGAUUUACAUCCUUUCA